CGACACGUGACUCCGUAACCAAAAUCAAGUAUGGCGGAAUCUGUCAGAAAAUGAUUAUUUCGCCAGUAGACUUCCCUAGUGAUAAAGUCAACAUAUUUAUUCUGCAUCUUUCUCGGGACAGGGCCGCCUCUUGGAGCUUCUAGGCUGGUACAAGUGAGCGGGUGUCUCUGAUUGGAUUACCUGAAUAGUAGGUUGUCUGGUGGAGGGCUGUUUCCUGUUGCUGACCAGUGAAGACACUUGUGGGUGAUUGUGCUUCCUGUUGCUGACCAGUGAAGACACUUGUGGGUGAUUGUGCUUCCUGUUGCUGACCAGUGAAGACACUUGUGGGUGAUUGUGCUUCCUGUUGCUGACCAGUGAAGACACUUGUGGGUGAUUGUGCUUCCUGUUGCUGACCAGUGAAGACACUUGUGGGUGAUUGUGCUUCCUGUUGCUGACCAGUGAAGACACUUGCGGGUGAUUGUGUUUCCUGCUGAGGAGUACUGUGGCCCUGAUCUUGGUACACAUCAGACCAGCCCCCUUCCCUACACACACACACACACACACACACACACACACACACACACACACUAACCCACCCGACCCACACACACUCCACCUGUCCCGUCCUCCACCUCUCCAGGCCGUAUAUUUUAAAACUUCACUGUGGAUUCUCCGAGGACCAUCCUGUCAACAAUGACAUCACACACUCACCAAGAAGGACUCCUGGGCAAGGAGCAGCAGCUGGAUGUCCUGAAGACGUCUGCCCUCAACCACAUCCCCACAGUGGACAUUAACUCUGCCCUGCCCCUGCGUCUGCCCCCGGCUGCCAUCCCCAUGGACCUACGCAUUGACCAGCACCAUCACCAGCAGCAGCUGUCCAUGUCACCUUCUGCAGCCCAGGCAUCUGCAGCCCAGGCCAGAGAGCAGCAGCUGCAGCAGGAGCUCCUGUCCCUGAAACACAAACAACAGAUUCAGAGACAGCACCUCAUCGCUGAGUUCCAGAGGCAACAUGAGCAGCUCAACCGCCAGCAUGAAGCCCAGCUACAGGAACAUGUUAAGCACCAGCAGGAGCUCCUGGCCCUGAAACAUCAGCAGGAGCUGUUGGAGCACCAGAGGAAGAUGGAGAAGCACCGUCUGGAGCAGGAACUGGAGAAACACCAGAGAGAACAGAAACUACUGCUGCUGAAGAACAAGGAGAGAGGACAGGAGAGUGCAGUGGCCAGUACGGAGGUGAAGAUGCGACUGCAGGAGUUUGUGCUGAACAAGAAGAAGGCUCUGGCCCAGAGGAGUCUCAACCACGGGGGGUUGCCCAACGACCCCCGCUACUGGUACGGGAAAACUCAGCACACUUCCCUGGACCAGAGCUCUCCUCCUCAGACUGGUAUGGGUACCUACAACCACCCUGUCCUGGGCAUCUACAACGCUAGAGAUGACUUCCCCCUCCGCAAGACAGCCUCUGAGCCCAACCUGAAGCUCCGUUCUCGUCUGAAGCAGAAGGUGAGCGAGCGACGGAGCAGCCCCCUACUGAGGCGUAAAGACAGCCCGAUCACAACCGCCAAGAAACGCUCACUGGAUAUGGCAGAUUCAGCGUGUAACAGCGCUCCUGGAUCCGGCCCCAGCUCUCCUAACAACAACAGCAUCAGCAACAUCCCCAAUGAGAACGGCGUCACUGUCUCCAACAGCAUUGAUGUGUCCCUGGCUCAGCGGUUGUGUGGUGGUGAACUCAGCCAGCUGUCUCUGUACACGUCCCCCUCCCUCCCCAACAUCACCCUAGGUCUGCCCGCCACGGCCACCUCUGCUUCCAAUGUGACCUCUGCCCAGCAGGAUGGGGAUCAACAUUCGGCCCUCUCCCUCAGCCCCCCCUACCUAGGCGGUGCCCCCCUAGCCACCUACCUGGCUGACGGAGGGGGCGCAGGGGGGCACGGCCCACUACUGCAGCACUUGGUCCUGCUGGAACAGACUGGCGCGCAUGGGCCCCUACUGGCAGGUGUGGACGCCCUCCAGUCUCCCUCCAUCCACAUGCUGCGUGGGCAGCACCGUCCCCUGGGUCGGACCCAGUCGGCCCCACUGCCCCAGCAGAACGCCCAGGCCCAGGCCCUGCAGCAGCUGGUGGUCCAACAGCAACACCAACAGUUCCUGGAGAAACACAAACAGCAGUUCCAGCAGCUACACAUCAACAAGAUGAUGGGCAAGCCCAGUGAGCCCACAGGGACCCGGCAGCACCAGAGUCACCCGGAGGAGACCGAGGAAGAGCUGAGGGAGCACCAGGCCCUCUCUCCCCAGGACGGAGGCUUUCCGUGUGGGAUUGCCAUCAAACAAGAGCCCCCAGACCCCCAAGAGAACCAGGAGGAGGACAUGCAGCAGGAAUUGCUGUUCAGACAGCAGGCCAUGUUGUUGGAGCAGCAGAGAAUCCACCAGCUGAGAAACUAUCAGGCUUCCAUGGAGGCAGCUGGUCUGUCAAUCACCUUCCCAGGUCACCGCCCCCUCUCCAGGGCCCAAUCGUCUCCGGCCUCCGCUUCCUCCUUCCCCAUCUCUGUCCCGCCUCCUGAGCCUCCCACCAAACCUCGCUUCACCACAGGGUUGGUGUAUGACUCUCUGAUGCAAAAGCACCAGUGUAUGUGCGGGAACACACACACCCAUCCGGAGCACGCCGGGCGCGUCCAGAGCAUCUGGUCCAGACUACAGGAGACAGGACUUAGGGGACAGUGUGAGUGUAUCCGUGGUAGGAAGGCCACUCUGGAGGAGCUCCAGACAGUCCACUCUGAAGCCCACGUCCUGCUGUAUGGAACCAACCCCCUCCGACAGAAACUAGACUGUUCAGUCACGCCCAUGUUGGUCAGAUUACCAUGUGGAGGAGUGGGGGUGGACAGUGACACCAUCUGGAACGAGGUCCAUUCCUCUACUGCAGUUCGUCUGGCUGUGGGUUCUGUGGUGGAGCUGGUGUUCAAAGUGGCCACUGGUGAACUGAAGAACGGCUUUGCUGUGGUUCGACCCCCUGGACACCAUGCAGAAGAGAGCACUCCCAUGGGCUUCUGCUACUUUAACUCAGUAGCCAUCGCAGCCCGGCUGCUCCAACAGAGGCUCAACGUCUGCAAGAUCCUCAUAGUAGACUGGGAUGUUCACCAUGGCAACGGGACCCAGCAGGCAUUUUACGACGACCCCAACGUGCUGUACCUGUCUCUCCAUCGAUACGACGAUGGAAACUUCUUCCCUGGCAGCGGAGCACCCGACGAGGUGGGCAGUGGUCCAGGAGUAGGUUUUAACGUUAACAUGGCCUUCACUGGGGGGCUGGAGCCACCUAUGGGAGAUGCAGAGUACCUGGCAGCCUUCAGGUCUGUGGUGAUGCCCAUAGCUAAUGAAUUUGCUCCUGACGUGGUGCUGGUGUCCUCAGGCUUCGACGCUGUCGAGGGUCACCCUCCUCCCCUAGGCGGUUACACCCUCACCUCCAAAUGUUUUGGGUACCUGACACGUCAGCUGAUGACCCUGGCGGAGGGUCGCGUGGUGCUGGCAUUGGAGGGAGGUCAUGACCUCAUGGCCAUCUGUGAUGCUUCCGAGGCCUGCGUCUCCGCUCUGCUGGGCAACCAGCUGGACCCUCUCCCUCAGACGCUUCUGGAGCAGAGACCCAACCAGAAUGCUGUGUGCUCCAUAGAGAAGGUUAUAGAUACACACAGUGAGUAACAAGCACAGUUUCCUAUCUGAGAUUGAAGAGGCAGGAAGUUCUCCCUCAACUUAUUUCCAGUCUUAAAGGUUGAGUAAGCUAGAUUUUUUUGUCCACAAAUUUACCCAUAUUUCUAUUAGAUGUGCUGUAAAUAGUUUAUGAUUAGUGAAUGCCGUAAUUUAAUUAUUUUGUUAGAUACUGCUCCUUUUUUUUAUUUUAUAGCUGAAAUCAAAUUGUAGCUAUCGCACUAGCUGUUCAGGCCAAACCUAGCAUUGAAUCAUGGGAAUUUGUUGCGCUAUGCAGACAUUCUCUUUCUUCCAAGGCACGUGUUGCAAGGCAACCCCCGGACUUGCCCGGGCAGGCCUGCCCCUUCCUGGGCCUGGGCUACAGCCAGUGUGAGACAUGUUUGUGCUCUGAAACUAAAUAAAUACUACACUCUGACCCACAAAACAGGAUAGUGCUAGACAAAUCAAGGAAUGUAAACUUCAAAGCGUGAUGAAGUUUUAUUGGGAUUUGCAGCGGUUGUUGGUAAGUAAUGAAUCUGCUCGCUUCUGAAGUUAACAUACUGAUCCUUUAACAUUGUUCCCUCUCUCCUCCCUUCCCACUCUCCCCUCUCUCUCUCGCUCCCUCUCCCCUCUCUCUCUCUCUCUCUCUCGCUCCCUCUCCCCUCUCUCUCUCUCUCCCUCUCUCUCUCGCUCCCUCUCCCC